AUGCCACACCGACAUGGCAUGCACCACCAUGUGCAUCGUCACAUCCCGGAGAAUCCAGCCCAACUCGAAGUGGUGCCUUUAGAGCCCGCUCCUACCGUAUCCGAAGAUCCCUCUAUUGUUCGCCGGGCCUCCUCGUCCACUUCGACCUGUUCAGGCUCAUCAUGUGAAACAUCGAGUAGUUCCAAUCUCGUCAACACUCUACCUGUGGUCCUCGGAGUAGUAAUUCCCGUUGUCCUCGCUAUAGCCGUUCUAUUAUUUCUACACAGACGCCAUGUCCGGAAACUUCGCCAAGAGGAUGCAAACGACAAACACAAGUCCUUGGACUUCGGUAUGGAGGUCGUACGGGCCGGUGGUGAAAAUCCCAAACCGGAAAUGGGAGAAAAGCCUCACAAACAUGGCAUGUCCUUGGACAUUAUCGGCAGCCCUUACCUUCUUCCACCAGGAUUACAUGGCUCUAAGGAAUCUCUCCGGUCCCUCUCGAAAGUAAUCAGUCCGGAUGAUGACAAGUACCGCCUUGCUGCUCAAAGCGACACCGCUUCGCUAAGAUCAUACCGAUCUCAUCCUAGAACGGGACACGAUGAUGCGUCCAGUUUUGGAGGAUCUACCAGACACGGACCCUUGCCUGACGAUAUGAACCAGGGCCUCUUGCAGAAUGCCUCCAGGAUGUCACGAUCACCUCCAAUUGAUGCAACAUCACCUUUAAGUGUUAAUGAAACCAUUCACGAAGAGCAAUUCGACCACUCAAGAGCCAUGGGCAACCAAGACCCAAAUCACCGAGCUGAAAGCCCACCAAUGGCCGAUUCACUUAAUAAUCAUAACACCCCAGAGCCUUCCGGCCGGGGUGAUGAUUUGUUCUUCGGUUCUUUCCCUCAGCGAAACCCAAAUCGACUGACUUUGAAUCCUUCCAAAGGUCUCCAAGCCCCGAAUGAAGCGUCUCAUGAGCCUCAUCCAAGUCUGGGCGGCUUUGACUUCGGUACAGGUAAUUUUGACUCUGUGAAUGACCACCACGAUGCUCCUGUCAUGCAAGAAACCUCUGCAGAGUCCCACCACGUUGGACUUCCUAGAUUAUCUCUUCCAAUGAGUGAGACUAGCGACUACGGAGAUGAGCCAAAAGCGCACGUGCCGCCCUCAUUGAAUAUGCCAGAAGCCGAAGACUACCAUCAAGAGUCGGAGGAUUUCUCUCAUCCACCCAACAACCGUAUGACACAGUCAUUCACGAAAUUCGAUGAAGGGUUUGACCCCCACAGGCUGACUGUUGGUAUUCGCCCUCUUCCACCGGAAGAUCCAACCGAUAACGCCGAACAGCGAGCCAAUAGAAUUCGUUCUUUCUACAAGGAGUAUUUUGAUGAUUCAAAAGGAGGCGGCCAUGAAGAGUACUAUGAGGAUUUCGGCCCGGAGUUCUACGAGGAUCCUGGAGUGUUCGAUCCAUACCAGAGUGAUUAUUUCACCGGUCCGCCCAAACCAUUCGCUCAACCUAUGGGACGUCGCGCAAUGACACCACCUCCGCGCUUCCAAGGACCACCUCGCAAUAUCAUGCACCCUGCUGCUGGUUCAAGAGGUGCCGGUCCGCGUGCAUUCUCCUCGGCUUCGGGUCGAAUGCCCCCUAAAGGACCCGCGAAACCAGCUCCUCCGCCUGAGCCGUUGCACGUCUUGCCAUCGCCUCACUUGAUUAAAGACGACAUGUCAAUCUUGCCCAUCGACUAUGCUCCUCCGACCUUGAAGGAACGUGUAGAAGGCAGACCAGAGAGCCCUCGUGGAGGACUACGUCCUUACACUUCGAUGAGCCGUGCUCAUACUCCCUUGGUCUCGUCCUUCGACGACCUUGCAGCUAUCCCGAGUCCUCACGCUUUGCGAAAGUCUGGAAUAUACACUUCUCUGGACUUUGCUCCUCCUGCCCGAUUCAAGAAUGAUACGGGAAGCGAUGCCGGUAGCAUUCGUAGCAACCGUACCGGUAUCUCGAGGGUCCACGAUCACAAUAUCCGUACAGGAGCGUACCGCAAACAUCCGAAGGAUUUUUUACAAGAUGUCAGCUCCUUCGACGUCCGUCGUGCCAACGGCCAGCUCGACUACAUCGACUGCCCCCUCCAGCACUUCAUCCACCUCAUCUGCCUCCUCAACCUCGACAUCCAGUUCUUCCAGCACAACCAGCUCCUCGACAUCGUCAUCCAGCACAAGCUCCUCGACAUCGACAAGCUCGACAUCAAGCUCCACCAGCUCUUCGAGUUCUACUUCUACAACAAGUUCGUCAACCUCAACGACAGCUUCUCAGACAGCACCAGGGCAAACGACAAUCUUUGUGACAUCUACAUCUACGGCUUCUCCAACCUCAGGGACCGAAUCAUCAACAGGCACUUCUACUAUCAGCUCAUCGACCAUGGACUCUCCGCGGGAGGUACCAUCGCGGUCGCCGUUGUGGUUCCCGUGGCAUCCGUCGCUCUAAUCAUCUGCGUUCUACUCUGGUGGUGGCGACGACGUAAGGCCAACAAGCUCGCCGAGGAGGAGAGGCGAAAGGAAGUCGAGGAGUAUGGUUUCAAUCCCAACAACGACCCCGGUCUUGGCGGAAGUGUUGUCGGAGGUGCCAUGUCAUCUACUACGUACAACGACCAAUACCAAUCGCAGGAUGGCAAUUCAGGAUACCGCGGCUGGGGCACGACAUCUCACCCUCGCAAGCCUUCGACGAACCUUUCCUCUAUUCCACUCUCGGAAACCAGCGCAAUGCAAUAUAAUGAUGGCCCCAUGAGACCCGAUUCCGGCGAAUUAGGCGCAAUGGGAGCUGGUGGUGUAGCGGGGGCUGCCGCAGGAGCUCAGACUGGUGACAUCCGUCGCGGCGCAUCGAAUGCUUCGUCCGCUUAUUCCGCCGGCGUUCACUCUGAAGGAUCGGAUGAUGCGCACAUAGGCGGCCCUGGACCUAACCAGUACUACGACGAAGGCAACCCCUACUACCAUGACAUUCACAACCAGCAAGCCGGAGGAUAUGGCGAUCCUGCUUACGGCUUGGGCCAGCCCGUGAUUCGGGAUGUGCAAGCUCGCCGCAACACUCGCAUCGAAAACCCGGGUGUCUACCCACAACAGGGCAAUGCUGGUAUCGCCCAGAAUUUUUAA